AUGGCUCAAUUGAAUGUGCCAGUGCUACAGUUCAACAAUUCUUCUGUCUUCGGAGUCCCUCCAACGACAUUGUUUAUUUGCUUUCAGACACAAAGUAGAAGUAAUUGCUCAUGGUUAACUAAGAAGCUAUUAGUGGUUGAAGCAAGAGCAAAUGCUAGAAGCCUAGAACAGAAAUUCAAUGGAACUGCUAGAAAUCCAAGGCUUUCAGUAUUUUGCUCAGAGAAGCAAUUGUAUGCAAUGCUUGUAGAUGACAAGAAUAAGAAGUGUCUGUUCUAUGCAAGCACACUGCAGAAAUCGAUCCGAAAUCCCCCAUGCAGCACUUCUGAAGCUGCUAAACGUGUUGGGGAGGCACUUGUCAAAGCCUGUGCAGACCUCAACAUAAAUGAAAUAUCGUCCUAUGAUCGCAAUGGACUUUACCGUGGACAAAGAUUGGAAGCCUUUGAGAUUGCCAUUUCCAGUUAUGGAUUCUUGCCGGGAUAA